AUGUCCGCACCCAAAGGCCGUGUUCUUAUUGCGUACUCUGGAGGCCUUGACACCUCCUGCAUCCUUGCAUGGCUGAUCGAGCAGGGAUACGAGGUGUAUGCCUUCAUGGCGGAUGUCGGACAGGAAGAGGACUUCGCUGCCGCUGAGAAGAAGGCUUUGAAGGUCGGAGCCAAGAAGUUCUUCCUCGAGGACUUGAAGCGCGAGUUCGUCGAGGAGCUCAUCUACCCUGCCGUUCAGGCCAAUUGCAUUUACGAGAACGUCUACCUCCUCGGAACCUCUCUGGCUCGUCCUGUCAUUGCACGCGGAAUGAUGAGCGUCGCCGAUCGUGAGGGUUGCGACUACGUCUCGCACGGUUGCACUGGCAAGGGCAACGACCAAGUCCGUUUCGAGCUCGCCUUCUAUGGCUUGAAGCCCGACAUCAAGGUCAUCGCCCCCUGGCGCAUUCCUGAAUUUUACAACCGCUUCCCCGGCCGUCAGGCGCUUCUCCAGUACGCCGCGGAGAAGUCCAUUCCCGUCCAGCAGACCGCCGCCAAGCCGUGGUCUACCGACGAGAACCUCUUCCACAUCUCCUACGAGGCCGGUAUCCUCGAGGACCCUGCCGUGACUCCGCCCGCGGACAUGUGGAAGCUCACCGUCGCUCCCGAGGACGCCCCUCAAGAGCCUGAGCGCCUCUCCAUCGAGUUCAAGGCCGGUAUCCCCGUCAAGGUGACCGUCGCUGGUUCGGACAAGACCUACACCGACGGCGUCGAGAUCUUCCUCGCACUCAACGCCCUCGCCCGCAAGCACGGCGUCGGCCGCAUCGACAUCGUCGAGAACCGCUUCAUCGGCGUGAAGUCGCGCGGCUGCUACGAGAGCCCGGGCGCGACCAUCCUCCGCGCCGCGCACGUCGACCUCGAGGGCCUCACGCUCGACCGCAACGUCCGUGCGCUCCGCGAUCAGUUCGUCACGAUCGAGCUCUCCCGCAUCCUCUACAACGGGCACUUCUUCACGCCCGAGCGCGAGUUCAUCACCAGCGCGAUCCCCGCGAGCCAGCGCACGGUGAACGGCACCGUGCGCGUGAAGCUCUACAAGGGCAACGUGAUCAUCGAGGGCCGUGAGAGCACGGAGGGCCUGUACGACGAGCAGCAGUCGUCGAUGGACGAGCUCGGCGGGUUCGAGCCGACGGACACGACUGGCUUCAUCCAGAUCGAGUCCAUCCGUAUCAAAAAGUGGGCGCAGGCGAACAUCCGCAAGGGCCAGGGUGGUGUCCAGCCCAAGGAUGUCUACCACAGCCGCGUCUAA